CAGCAAAAGGAAGCGCAUCCCUGCCGCCGGAAGGAGCGGCACGUUUCUUGGUCCCGGGACUGAAGCGCCGAAGUUGCGAGCUGCCAUGGAGAGUUCUAAGCCUGAGCCUACAGAGGACGCUUCCAUGGACGCGUUCCUGGAAAAGUUCCAGAGCCAGCCUUACCGCGGCGGCUUCCGCGAGGACCAAUGGGAGGAGGAAUUUGACAAGAUCCCCCUAUUUAUGAAAAAAGCGCCAUCAGAAAUUGACCCCGAGGAGUUUCCUGACUUGGCCUGCCUCCAGUCGAUGAUUUUUGAUGAUGAUCGAUAUCCAGAAGAGCAAGCCAAGACCUAUAAAGAUGAGGGCAAUGACUACUUUAAAGAAAAAGACUAUAAGAAAGCUGUGCUUUCAUACAGUGAAGGGUUGAAGAAGAAGUGUGCAGACCCUGACUUGAAUGCUGUCCUGUAUACCAACCGGGCAGCAGCACAGUACUAUCUCGGCAAUGUUCGUUCUUCCCUCAACGAUGUGCUGGCUGCCAAGAAGCUAAAGCCCGGUCACUUGAAAGCCAUCAUAAGAGGUGCCCUGUGCCAUCUUGAACUGAAACACUUUGCUGAGGCUGUGAACUGGUGUGACGAGGGACUACAAAUUGAUGCCAAAGAGAAGAAACUUCUAGAAAUAAGGGCAAAAGCAGACAAGCUAAAGAGGAUGGAAGAGAGGGAUCUGAGGAAGGCAAAGUUGAAAGAAAAGAAGGAACAGCGUCAGAAUGAGGCUCUGCUCCAGGCCAUCAAGGCUAGGAACAUCAGGCUUGUCUCUGAAUCAGCCGGUGAGGAUGAAGAUUCAGCCUCCAGUGGUCCAGCUGAGAUACUCCUGGAUGGGCUCAGCUCUGAGAACCCCUGUGGAGCCAGGCUAAGUAUAGAUGACCAGGGCAGGCUGAGCUGGCCUGUGCUGUUCCUGUACCCGGAGUACGCGCAAUCAGACUUCAUUUCUGCUUUUCAUGAGGACACCAGGUUUAUUGACCAUCUAAUGGCGAUGUUCAGUGAAGCACCCUCCUGGGACUCAGAGCACAAGUACCACCCAGAGACUCUGGAGGUCUACUUCGAGGAUGAAGACAGGGCGGAACUAUACCAGGUGUCUCCCGAUAGCACCCUGUUGCAGGUGCUGCAGCAUCCCAGGUGCUCUGUGAAGGCCCUUACCCCGGCAUUCCUGGUCUGUGUAGGAGCCUCUCCUUUCUGUAGGAAUUACCUCCAGGGGAAGAAGGUGCACAGAUUCACAGCCCUGCCCUGGCCAGUACAUCUUUGGAGUCCAUCUCUGAAAAAAUCAUCCACUGCAGUUACCAGAAUAGCUCGCCUUGGUAACUCCCUGGCCCAGAGACUGUCUCAGGAUGCAGUGACAGUCUUAACCUUUGUAGCAUCGGGCACAUACAGAAGGCACAACUCCAAGGCAAUAAACCAGCCCUGCACAUACUCUAAGGCCUUAAGGCUUGAAAGACUGGCUCAGUUGCUUCACCAGCAUGGAGGAAAGCUAAGAUGCUGUGGAUGCCAUGAAGUGACUGGAGCCAUGAAGCCACAUCCUGUUCUGUGUUGACUGUAUAAACUUGGAUCCUGGGACUACUCAGAGCCCUACUGGAUUCUCUACUUCUCAAUGCCCAUGCAAGGGCUUGUGCCACAUCUGACAGAAGCUUGAGGAGCCAAUGGGCAGUGGUUUGCAAGUAGGCUUGUGUUGUUUUCCCUUUAUCGUGAGGCCCCAUUUCUGAAAUAGGAGCAGCUGGCCUAAAGCCAUUGUUUGUUACAUGAGUGGCAAAUGUGUUUGUAGUAAACACUUGAGAUUUGGGGGAUUGUUUGUCACUAUAGGAAAACUGACUAAUACAUUAUUAAACUGAAACCAGCUGGUGGCCUUCAGAUGGGCUAAUAUGA